GUCAAAAAAAAAAAAAAACUGGGUUUUUGUGGGGGGUUUUUUCAUAUGGUAUUUUUGAUUGUUCUCUAUGUAAAGAUUUGAUUAACUAUGCAUGAUUUAGUACUUGUGUACAUGGUUGUUUAACUUGAGGCAUCAGUUGUAUGUGUGUGUAAAUGUACUCAAUUACUGAUGUAUAUGCUUUAAUGGGUAUGCAGUACUUUUGAUCAUGUACAUAAAAUUCUAUUAUCAUUGGUAUUCAACUGUGUUACUGCAUAGUUUUAUCCGAGGGGUUUUACGAAUGUUGUUGUAAAGGUCUUACAUAUGGUUCCUAAUUCAACUCUACUUGCAAGUCAUUCUCUAAUAAGCUCUGUUUCUGCCCUUCAUGGAUCUACUCCUAAGUUUCAAAAGUAUUUAUGUGGGAAUAUUGGUGUAGAUUAACUAAAGCUGCAUUUGAUAUGCCUACAUCACUGAAAUCUUGAGGUGCCAAGUUUGACAAUUAUCAGUGUGCAUGCAAUGCUAGGCUGGACUGUGGAGAGGUGUCUCUACAAAUGGAGGGUUAAAGAUUAGGAUUAUCAAUGAAUGGCCAAGAAGGAUUUUGGUUAUAUAUAGUAACUUAACUCCACAAUUGCUGCUAUAUUCAUGGGAGAAAAAAUUACUAGAAUCAGAGUGGAGAAGAGAGAGAAUUCAAUAGGAAAAGAGCAGGUUUUCUAUUCAUGAUGGGGAACUGCAUCCAAAGGGCUCAAGAUGUAGGCAUGAAUGCUAUUCCAGUUGCCGCGCAACCAUCUUUCCCUCGGUCCGAAAAUUCUGAGUGUACAAGUCAUCCUUUGCCUACUCCAUCUAAACCUUUAGUGCCUUCCAACGAGAAUGAUAGAACUCGAGUUUUGCCUAUUCCAAGGCCUGAGAGUGAAAUAUUAUCUUCCCCACAUCUAAAAUCCUUCACAUACACUGAACUGAGCAAUGCCACUAGAAACUUUCGAAGUGAUAGUCUUCUUGGAGAAGGCGGUUUUGGUGAUGUUUACAAGGGGUGGUUAGACGAGGAAACACUUACUGCUGCGAAGCCUGGAACAGGGUUGGUAGUCGCGGUAAAGAAGCUUAAGCCUGAAGGGUUCCAAGGUCAUAAAGAGUGGUUGAGUGAGAUAAAUUAUCUCGGCCAACUUGAUCAUGAAAAUUUGGUGAAGCUUAUUGGCUUCUGCUUGGAUGGUGAUAAUCGAUUGCUGGUCUAUGAGUUUUUGUCUAAAGGAUCCUUAGAGAAUCAUCUAUUUUCAAGAAGUGGACGACCUCUCUCAUGGGAUAUAAGAAUUAAAGUUGCUAUUGACAGUGCUCGUGGUCUUUCUUUCCUGCAUGAAUCUGACCCUACGAUUAUCUUCCGUGAUUUUAAGGCUUCUAACAUUUUGUUGGAUUCGGAAUUCAAUGCAAAGCUUUCAGAUUUUGGAUUGGUGAAAGCUGGUCCAACAGGUGAUAUGACUCAUGUAACCACUCGAGUCUUUGGUACUGAAGGUUAUGCAGCCCCAGAAUAUUGUGCCACAGGUCGGCUCACUACCAAGUGUGACGUCUAUAGUUUUGGAAUAGUGUUGCUCGAACUUCUAACUGGACGAUUUGCAGUUGAUAGAAGUAGACCUCGUCCAGAGCAGAAAUUGUUAGAUUGGGUAAAGCCACAACUACCUGACAAGCGCAAGCUAUUUCGAAUAAUGGACUCAAAGUUAGAGGGACAGUAUAACCGGAAGGGAGCUUACGUAGCUGCAAAUCUUGCAUUACAGUGUGCUCAUAUUGAACCCAAAUAUCGCCCACGAAUGUCAGAAGUGGUAAAUAUUUUGGAUAAGAUCCCAUCUAUGAAACAUUCUCCUUCACGAACAUAUUCUGAUGUAGGCGAAGAUGUGGCAGACGAUGCCUCGUUAUGGAAACAUUCUCAUGUGAGAUCUUAUAAACAAUCAAAAGUAACUCCUGUUUCAAGUCACCAAACGGAGAAACUGUCAAACGGAGCUCCACCAGCAGCUCGUACGAUGUCAUCCAGAUCAGAAGGGUCUGCGCCGUCUGCCUGGCAAACCAGUCGUGGAGUUGCCACACGAAGAUGAACAAAAGUUUGUUUAUAAUACGAUUAUUAGUUUUAUAAUGUAGAUUUAUACCUUUUCUUGAUCUGUACUUAAUCAUCCAAACCCAUUACCCAUAUGGCUUUUGGGGAUUGUAAGAAGGUGAAGAGUUGAUCUACAAGUAACAGUAGCUAUUCUUACUACUA